CUGAAAUGGUGCCUGGCUGUGUACUGCAUCUGUUUCAUCCUAUCUGUUGUGGUCAUUAUUCUCUGUGUUGGGGAGUGUACAGGCUGGCUGCCUUGUACUUUUGAAAAGUUCCUCAAUGCUUAUGCUCUCCUAGCUGUCUUGCUAUAUGCCUCUGCCGUGAUCAUAUGGCCCAUUUUCCAGUUCGAUUCAAAGUAUGGGGGCACAACACGAAGGCCAAAUAGCUGCAGCAAUCACCCUCGUAUGCUAUGUACGUGGGAUAAAUUGGUAGCUGUUGCGGUUUUGUCAUCUGCCAAUCUUAUAGUCUACAUCAUAGAUCUUGUGUAUUCUGCAAGACUUAUCUUUAUCACUGUUUAA